GCAGAAGAAGGUUGCAGAAGAAGUGUUUUUGCAGUAGAAGGUUGCAGAAGAAGUGUCUCCCUGACUCCCACCAUUCUGCGCCUUUUUAUUCCCUUAUAAUAAUCUUUAUUCUAAGAGAGUCUGGUGCGCGUUUCAUGUCCACAAAUGUUAGCGAUCGGGCAGAUGGAGGCUAACCGGCAGAGUGCGUUCGUCCUGGGCAGCACCCCGCUGGCAGCUCUGCAUAACAUGACCGAGAUGAAGACGUCUCUGUUCCCGUACGCGCUGCAGCAGAGCCCGCUGGGUGGAGGUGGUGGAGGAUUCAAGGCUCCGCAGCUCUCCUGUCUCACCGCCGCGCAGAUGGGCACCCCGCACGGAAUAAGCGACAUCCUGGGCAGACCGAUCACCGCGGCCGGACAGCUGCUCUCCGGCUUCCCGCGGAUCAACGGGCUGACCAGCACGGCGGCCGCAGCAGCAGCAGCAGCCGGGAUGUACUUCAGCCCGGCGAUGACCCGCUACCACCCGAAGCCUCUCGCUGAGCUGCCGGGCAGAGCGCCCAUCUUCUGGCCGGGAGUGAUGCAGGGAGGGAUGUCCUGGAGGGACCCGAGGAUGCCCAGUCCUUCUCAAGCUAAUAUGAUGUUGGACAAGGAUGGAAAGAAGAAACACUCCAGACCAACCUUUUCAGGACAGCAGAUUUUUGCACUGGAAAAAACCUUCGAGCAGACUAAAUACCUGGCUGGUCCAGAGAGAGCCAGGCUGGCUUACUCACUAGGGAUGACUGAGAGUCAAGUCAAGGUUUGGUUUCAGAACAGAAGAACCAAAUGGAGGAAGAGACACGCUGCUGAAAUGGCCACAGCCAAGAAGAAGCACGACUCUGAGACGGAGAAGAUGAAGGAGAGCUCGGACAACGAGGACGACGACGAGUACAACAAACCACUGGACCCAAACUCAGACGACGAGAAAAUCACGAGACUGUUGAAAAAGCACAAGGCCUCCUCCAACAACCUGGCUCUGAUCAGCCCCUGCAGUAACAGCUCGGACACCUUGUGAUGCCUUUCCACCUGACACUAUACGAACAUGCGCCUGAUGGGAUGGCAUUGUGCGUAAUGCGUAAAAACCCAAAUGUGUGCCAAGAAAAAGACGCGCUCACCAAAACGUGGUGAGCGCGUUUGGUUGCAUCAGACUCUGUGAGAUAUAAUAACUCCUGUCAGAAACUGAACUUUCUUCAAGAACUCUGUCAUGUCAAUUGAAAGAAAGGACAAAAAAAAAAAUAUUGGGAUAGGAAAUUAGUUUUGGCGACGCAGAAUCAGUUUUUACGCAUACAAACUGGAGUUUAAAAAAUGUAAAACAAAAUAUUAUAUCCACACAAUCCGGAUCAGUGUUGGUUCUCAUUAUUAUAUGUGACUUUUAUUAUUAUUCCACAGGUAACUUUUACUAGUGCAAGUAUAAUUCAUGACACUUGUUACAUUAUUUCCAUCUCUUAAGAUUAGCAGAAAAAAGCAAAGCGAAAUUAUAAAAUUGUAUACAGGUUUUAUUUUAUUUUUUCAAUAAGGUAUCCAAACAAGUGACUUAAAGAAGUAAAUAUUCUAGACAGCAUUAUUA